CCGGAGUCUGAUUUAUUAUCAUUUAAUUACUCACAAAACAAACCGUUUUUAUUCUUGCAUCGGUUAUAUUUUGAGCAGUUUUAAGACAAUUUCAGCCAUAAAGUUUAUGAGCCAAAGGACGCGUCACGUGAUGCGGUUCAGCCAAUAAGAUCCUCAGUGCAGACACACAGCCUCCCGACCAGGAAGCGGCGGGAGCUCCGCGUUUCCGGGUUCCUUUCCCCGGCCAGCUCUGCGUUUCUGGGCCAGAGGAGGUCAGGUUUAGGGUCUAAUGGCCGCUUCGUGUCCCGGCGUGGCCGAGCUGGCCGCGGCGGCGCGGCGCGUGUACGCGGAGGCGUUCGGGGGGGAGACCCCCCAGGUGGCCGCGUGCGCUCCGGGAAGAGUCAACCUGAUAGGGGAGCACACCGACUACAACCAGGGCUUCGUGCUCCCCAUGGCUCUGCCCCUCGUCACGGUGGUGGUGGGGAGCAAAACCUCUGGGCAGGAUGUUACCGUGGUAACGGCGACGGAGGGUACCGAUGAACCUGUCCGAGUGGACUUCAGCCUGCCCACCGACGGAUCCCCCCUGGCUCCAGGGUCGCCCUGCUGGGCCAACUAUGUGAAGGGCGUCAUACAGCACUACAGGGCCCCUCCUCUGCCAGGUUUCAGGGCUGUGGUGGCCAGCAGCGUGCCUCUGGGCGGGGGGCUGUCCAGCUCCGCCUCUCUGGAAGUGGCCUUCUACACCUUCCUCCAGCAGCUCAAACCAGAUGAUGGAGACAAGGUGUCCAAAGCGCUAGCUUGUCAGCAGGCUGAGCACACCCAUGCUGGUGUUCCCUGUGGCAUUAUGGAUCAGUUUGUGUCUGUUCUUGGUUUGGAGGGGCACGCUUUGCUCAUUGACUGCAGGUCUCUGGAGGCCAUCCCGGUCCCUCUGACUGACCCAGGCGUGGUCAUCCUUAUCACUAACUCCAAUGUGAGGCACUCUCUGACUGGCAGCGAGUACCCAGCGAGACGCAGGCAGUGUGAGGAGGCCGCCUCCGCUCUGGGGAAAAACUGUCUCCGGGAUGCUAGCAUAAAAGACCUGGAAGAGGCAAAAACUCGACUAGAUGAGGUUAGCUAUCGUAGAGCUCGUCAUGUCAUUGAGGAGAUAGAGAGAACGGUCCAGGCUGCAGAAGCUCUGAGGAGAGGGGCCUACAAAGACUUUGGAAAGCUGAUGUUGGAGAGCCACAACUCCCUGAGAGAUCUGUACGAGGUGAGCUGCAAAGAGCUGGAUGAGCUGGUGUCGGCAGCCAUGGAGGUGGAGGGCGUGUUCGGCAGCCGGAUGACCGGUGGAGGGUUUGGGGGAUGUACGGUGACUCUACUGGAGGCCAGCGCCGUUCACAAAGCCAUUCUUCACAUACAGUUCAGAGGGACCCUGGUCUUCUCACCAGCAGCACCACAGACCUGUUCUCCAGGGCCUAGAAACCUCUUCUCCACUCCCAAGAUGUUAAAUCUCAACUCUCCUGAUGACAACAGCAACAGGAGCUCUCUCCGGGAUCCGGUGUCCCUGAAUGUUGGUGGGGAGAUUUACACCACCACUCUGGACACGCUGACCCGCUGCCGCGACUCCAUGCUGGGGGCCAUGUUUACCGGGCAGAUCCCGGUGCGGCGGGACCGGGCGGGCCAUGUCUUCAUCGACCGGGACGGCAGAGUGUUCCGGCACAUCCUGAACUACCUGCGCUCCAGUGCCCUGGACCUGCCCCACGGCUUCUCAGAGCUCUCCUUGCUGCGCAGGGAGGCUGAUUUCUUCCAGAUACACCCUCUGCUGGAGGAGAUACGCCGCUAUGAGGCUGCGAUGGCUCUGGGAUUAAGAGGAGGGCCUCUAGGAGCCAUGAUUAUUGUUAACCUAGACUCCACGGUGCGUGUUCUCCAUUUUAACUUGCGGCAUGGCCCAGAAAACUAUGAGCUCUGCACAUGCUCUGUUCAAGCCUUCACAGUGGACCUGUUUUGUACCUGGGGGGCUUUUCUGGUGCUGCUGUGUGAGCGCCUGUCCUACAGGACAUCCCAGGGUCUCUCCCACCCUCAGCCGUGCAACCUGAGACAGAGCCGGCUGAAACUGGAGUGGGUGCCCAGACCUGACCAGCUCCCGCAAGACCAGUACGACAAGCAGCGCUACCGGGGGCUGUGUGUGCUCCCCCCCGAGGCUGCCCGCCCCCACGACAGCACCAAGACCCCCCCGGGGCUGUGCGAAAUCACAAACAUGCCCUCUUUUGUGGAGGAGCUGCUGCAGAUGUCUCUGGCGGAGGGAUUCAAGGUGGACCUGGUCACUCCCAAUCCAGCCGAAAUCCUGAACUGCACCUCCCUCCGACUCAUUAAGAAUUAA